CGACGACUUCAUGUUGACCAGAAGAACGAGUAAGCUAGGCGGCGUUAAUUUUAUCUGUUUAUUUGAAAUUAUUCUUUUAGUUUGUCUUUGUAUCUUAACGUUUAAGCGGCCGGCGAAGUAGCUGGCUUGAACAGUCAUUUUUUUUUUUAAGAAGCGAUGUCUGAGGCCUAAACGGCUGCCAUGGAUUUUUAAGGCAUAAUGCGGCAACUUUAAUGCACCGGCAAUGCAUUGUGCACGGCAAAACCACGCGCGGAGCUCCGUCCCCACAACUGCUCAGCAGUUGGGCUCGAAUACCAUCGACGGUAUCCCCGAGAAAAAGCCGGUACCGCUGCUGUUGGACCGGAGGAAGCUAACGCUAGCUAGCUAGUCGGCUCGUUCAGGCCCUGUGAGGGAAAGAAAAAAAAAAUCGAUUCAUCUGAACGUCAUCAUCAUCAUGAAACCUCAAGACAUCGUGUCGGGGAAGAGCAGCCUGUGGAUCUUCGGGUACGGCUCGUUGGUGUGGAAGCCCGACUUUAAGUACAAGAGGAGCAAAGUGGGUUUUAUUCGAGGCUACAAGAGGCGUUUCUGGCACGGAGACAACUUCCACCGCGGCAGCGACGAGCUGCCAGGAAGAGUGGUGACGCUGGUGGAGGAUGAUGAGGAGAGCACUUGGGGCGUGGCCUUCGAGGUGAUGGGUACUCAGGUCGAGGAGUCCCUGAAGUAUCUGAACGUGCGCGAGACGGUCUGUGGCGGCUACGUCACCAAGGCGGUGGAUUUCUUUCCCGAUGGGGAGAGCCACUCGCCAGUUCAGGCACUAGUGUACAUCGCUACUGCCGACAACCCCCUGUACCUGGGGCCAGCCAGCCCGCAGGAGAUCGGCACCCAGAUCGCCGUGUGCAGCGGGAAGACGGGCCAUAACCUGGAGUACCUGCUGCGGCUGGCUGAGUUCAUGAGGAACAGCUGCCCGCAGGUGAAGGAUGCUCACCUUUUCUCAGUGGAGGCGGCGGCCCUGGGUGUGGUGGCAUAUGUUAGCAGCCCAGUAGCGUGUACUCGCUUCAUUUACUCAUAAUGGGUGAACACGUUAAACAUGGAGAGGCUUUUCAUGUGUCACACCUGUAAUCAGUUAAGUCUUAUCUGUAAAAUCUCACCACACAUCCAUCCUGUGUAAAUUCUACUGAAGCAACAGGGAAAAGGGUUAUAACCAGAAUGUUACUGUGCAACUCUAUAUAAUAAUUAAAAAAAAAAAAAACACUCCGUCCAGUGUGUAAAGCUGGUGCUGCUUUGUAUUAAAUGGUUUUAAAAUGUUUAGACCUGUUUGCUGUUAAAGAUUGAGAUGGAAAGUUUUCCAUCAGAUGUAACUGUAAAGUCCAAUAAAAUGUUUUGAAUGA